UGUGUGUGAGAGAGAUUUCAUCUGAUGCAUGUCUUGGGCUCCCCUCCCCCCCUUUCCUCGCUCCUCUUUUUGUGGAAUACUGCCCUGAAAUGUAUUCUGGGAAUGGCUUUCACUCGUGAGGAGGAGGAGAGGCAGACUGUGUGUGUGUGUGUGUAUGUGUGUGGUAGAGACGCGCCGAGGGGAGGGGGGGUAGAGCGAGCGAGCGAACGAGCGAGCGAGCCAGCAGCGUUCAAAAAUGGCGUCUUCGGAACAAAAUGACUGAGACAGACCGCGCACGGAGGCCUGUACUGAAAGCGCGCGCCCGCACUCACGCUCGGAUCGCAUCCUCGCCGCGAGACGUACCGCCCGCGUGCCUCGGCUGCGAGGGCAGGAAACGGGCGGGCGGAGGGCUGAGGCAGAAGCGCCGACACGCGCGCGUCUGACUGAUGCGUCGACACGGCUAACUGGCUAAUUGCUGCGCUAGCCGCCACAAAACCUUCCUUUUUUUUUUUUUUUUUUUGUUUUUUUAAAUUAAAUAAGAGGGGGGAGCGUGCGCUGCGCUUGCCCGGUCAUGCUUUUCGGAGGAGAAAAUGACGCCUGUUCGCCGAAGCUGAGAAGCACAACGAGCGCGAAAGAACGGAGAGUAUAGAAUCAGACGGUGGGGAGGCGGAGAGCGCGCAGGGGGACGGAGCGGUGCUCGUGUGGCUGCGGCGGCGGCAGCAGCAGCAACAACGCUGUGCCCCUCCGCGCCGUCUUCUAGUCACUGUAGCUAGCAUGCUAACGGCGAGCGGCUCUACGGGGCUUUCUGCUCAGAGACAAUAGAUAGUGAAAGAAACACGGGAGAGGGGAGGGGAAGAAGAACGCCGAUCUUUUUUUCUCCUUUUUUUUGGUUGUUGGUGCGACCCCCCUGCACAUCCCCCUCCUCCCCUCUUCCUCCCCUCUUCCUCUCCUCCUCCUCCUUCUCCUCCGCUCCAUUUCUCUCCCUUCUCUCUAUGCCGUUUCCCAUUCUUGAAGACUUGCCUGCGAGACGAAAAGAAAUAAACAGACAUUGAAAAUCGGAAAUACAACCCGAGACCUCGUUUCUGUGUCAAAGUUAAAGACUUUUUUUUUGUAUUAUAUUUCCUCCCCCUCACGAACUCACUGUUUGCCCAUCUUGAGCCGCCACAUAUUUUCAUGGAUAGGAAUUACCCAGGUGCCGGAUUCGGUGAUCUGGGCGCAGGGACGGGAUGGAGUUACGAGAGGUCGGCGAAGGCAAGUCUGGUUUAUGGGAGCUCCAGAUCGUCCCACCCAGACUCCGAGCUUCUCCAUCGCCAAGCCUACGCUACGCCCCACCCCUUGCAGGGCUAUGCAACCAAUCACCACCCAGCUAGUUCUGGGCAGGGCGGAGCCUGGGGGGCAGCUGGACGCAGUUUGGGUCUGUCGGGGCUGUUUGACACCGGCCUGCACCAUGCCAGCCCCUCUGGUCCAGAUGCUUCUGUUAUGAACCUGAUUUCGGCUCUGGAGUCCAGGGGUCCUCAGCCCCCACCGUCGGCAUCCUCCCUCCUCUCCCAGUUCCGCACGUCAUCAUGGCAGACAGCCAUGCACACCCCAGCCCCAGCUGAGCUCUUCAUCUCCGGUGCCCUGCCUGGCUCUGGCACCUUCCCCUCGUCCUCUGCCCUCUCAGCCUACCAGCACCCUGCCUCGUUCUCCGGACGCUCCUUCCCUGGGGUUACCCCAUCACUGUCUCUCCAGGACACGCCCACAUUCAGCCCCACCUCCAAUGGCCUCCUGUCUCCUCACGACCCCUUGCUGCACAUUAAGCCCCCUUCUCAGUCCAGUCUGGGCUUUGACCGCCUGCUGUCCUCUCAGGGGGCAGCAUACAGGGGAGGCCAAGACCCCACAGGCCCACCACCACCUCAAGCGUCUUCUACCUCCUCUUCACGCCACCUGCCCCCUCACCAGUUCAAUCUCCUGUCCUCCCAACUGCAAGACCAGUCCUCCCAGCUGUACAACGCCUCCGUGUUCUCAUCGGCUCCAGCGCCCCCACAACCGGCACCACAGGAACGUGCCAUUCCCAGGCAGGACAGUGUCAUCAAGCACUACCAGCGGCCCUCUCCUUCCCAGUCGCAGCUGCCCUCCUCAGCGGCCCACUCCCUGCAGCACUAUCUAAGCUGUGGAGCAACGGGGUAUCAGCAGAUAGCCCACCACAGGCACGCUGGGGUCUCCUGCAGUCCUUUGGGAGAUCAGAGCCCCUCGUCCGACCCCAAACCUUCCCCAAGGGCGGACCAAGGAUAUCGUCCCAUCAUCCAGCCCCCUUACACCUCGUCCUCAUCAUCGUCCUCGGGGGGCGCUGGCAAGGGGGCAAAGAGCAGCUCUAGUAGCGGCUAUUCUUCCUCGGGUUCAGGUUCUUCCUCCCGUACCCCUCACACGCCACCCUCUGCGUCCUCAACCUCAUCAUCAUCCUCGUCAUCAUCCUCUGCGUCGGGAGCCCACCCGCCAAACUCGAAUCCCACCUCCAGCUCCACUGCUGCCCCCUCUAGGCAGCAGCCCCCACCCCAGGCUGCCCCUCCUCCUCCUCCUUUGCCCCCUCCCACCUCUUCUGCCUCUGCCCAGCAGCCUCCUCCCAAGCCAUGUCUCUCGGGCUACGGCUCCCCCGUUGCCCCGGUGAAGCCAUCCUCAGCCCUCCCUGGGCAAACUCCCCCCCAGCAGCAAGCCCAGUCUUACUCACCCAGCCAGCCACCGCCCUCGCACCUUGCCCAGCCAUACGGGGGCUUCAGUUCCCCCCAAGCACAGGAUCUGAGCUCAGGAGGGGGAGCUGGCCAAGGGAAAAGCUAUGGGAGCUUCUCUGCGGAAGUGGUCUAUGGGGCAGAUUCGGGCUACGGGUCUCUGCCAGCCUCUCUGGGUGGGGCUGGAAGCCCCUCUCUUGGCUAUGGUGGCCCAGGGCAUUCACCCGCUCUAUUGGCUUCAGGUGGAGGUGGCAGCUCAGCAGGCGGCAGUGCGGGGUCUGGAGCAGGCAGCAGCACUGGCGGUGGUGGUAGCGCUGGUUCUGGAGGAGGUGGCAGCAGUGUUGGGAGCGGAGGAGGAGGAAGCUCUUAUCAUCUGCCGGAUUCCAGCCCCUCCCCAUCAGGCAAUUCUGGAAUAAUUCGCCCGGGGCUACACUCCCCCGCGCCGACGCGCCGAGCCCAGUCUCCUGCAGGAGCUGGGAGCAACAAGUACCUUUCCUCUGUCCUGUCCCCGGCUUUCCUGUCCUCACCCCAAGGUUACCCUGACAGCCGAGGAGCACCAGCCCCGUCCUACCACCCGACGCCUCCAAAAUCGAAGACAGACUCAGACCUUCUCGGGGUUGAGCGAACCCAGGGUGACGAGGAGGAUGACGACGAUGACUUUCUAAUCCAGCACCUCUUGCAAGCCCAGAGCCCGGCACCACACCCCCCACAGCACCACCCGCCACAACCCCCUCAGCCGCCCCAGUCUCAGCCCCAGACACAACAAGUACCGCAGACCCAGGAUGGCGGUAAAGGGUUGGGAUAUGAGCUUAGCAAGAGCUCUGAAGAGAGGUACCACUUACAGAGUGUCAUCCGCACCAAUAGCGCCACUUCCAGUGUGGCGGUUACUAUGGGUGGUGCAGUUGGGCCUGGAGCUGGCGUGGGAGCAAACCUGGACAGCCAGAUGGACAUGUCCCUGAAGAAGCAGCCGCAGCCUCCAAAAAAUGAGAGACCUGGAGCAGCAGGGGGUGCUGGGGCCAGGAGGGGUGCUGAACAGGCGCAUUCCCACCCGCAUCCUCACGCGCACCCUCACCAUCACGACUCCAUGGGCUCUGUAGUGCACUACGGCCGGGGAGACCCCUACUCCCAGCACCCCCUACCCCAGCACCCGUCUCACCCGCACCAUUCCCUGUCGCAGCCUCACUCCCAUCCGCACAUGGAGCUCCCGAAAAAAUCCCAGGACCCAUCUGAGCUGCCCUACCUACGCAAGACCCCUGAUCUGCAGCCGCCACAGGCGCCGCCACCGCAGCCUCAAGCUCCUCUCUCUUUGCUGGAGUCACCUACAGAACCCCCCCGGGCACCUCAGCAAGCUCACCUGCUGCAGUCAGUACUGUCCCAUACGACUCGCAGCAAGAUGGACUCGCAGGCCCCACAGCACUCGAUGAGUCAGCAAGCUAUGCUGGGGGCAGCAGCUGGUGUGGGGAGGGCAGCGCCGGACUCACAAACACAGUCCUCUCAGCUACAGCUUCAGCUCCAGUCCCAAGCAAUGGAGGCCCACUAUGGGCGCAGUUCCCAGCAGGACCAGAACCAGUCAAGCCAGAAUUCCGUCUCUCCGCUGGAUAUGCUGGAGCACUCGCUGUCUCAGACCUCCAGCAGAGAGGUGGCGGGAGCUACGGACAGGGCAGGCGGUGCAGGGAGUCGUGGCGACCGGCACAGGCAGCAGCAGCAGCAACAGCAGCAGCAGCACAGGCUCCCGCCCCAUCACCAGUCUCACCACGCACCACACCCUGCUCCAGAGCUGCACGACUUCCUGUCCGAACCUGACCUGGGCUUGUCAGCCCCUUCCCACAUGCACCACAUGCCCUCGCAUCACCCCCACCCACAUCCCCACUCUCACCACCAGCACCCGCACCCACACCAACCGCACCCCCACCAGCACCCCCAUCCUCACCCUCACCACAUGGCCCCGCCUCCGAACUCUGUGCCCCCUCAGCAGCCGCAACAUCAGAGAGAGCAGGAGGCUCACCCGGCCCAGCUGUCCCAGUCACAGCUGGAGCAGCUCAAGGAGCAUCAGUUCGACACCGGCAGUCCCGUGGGGAAAGGUGGCCAGAGCCAGCAGCAGAGAUUUGUACCCCUGACGUCCAUCUGCUUCCCUGACUCCCUCCUGCAGGACGAGGACCGUUCCUUUUUCCCUGGUAUGGAGGACAUGUUCUGCUCGGAUGAUUACAAGUCCAGCUGCAGCGGGGGUGCUGGGUCGGGGCAGACUGGGCAAGAUGGUGUUGCUGAGGCCCGUCGGGGGCAGGAGGCUAUGGAGGCUGUCAAGACAGCUGGAGGACCUGGUGGGGGUAGUUAUGACAUGCUGGGGCAACAUGGAGACCAAGGCUACGAUCAAUACUGCCACAGCCUCUCUGAGUCGGGUGGCGGUAGCGUACACUUGGACUUAGACUCACUCAAGACGCACGAGCUUCCCUCCACGGUCAACACAGAGCAACUGGGCCUGAUACAGUCACAGGGCUCAGGCCUGGGUAUGGGUGGCACCGGCGCACCUGGUGACGCUUCGGCGAACAAGAUGCUUGGAGGGGCAGGCAUUGGAGGUGGCACCAGCACCGGUGGGCUUACGUCUCCCAUUUUUUGCUCGUCUCGCCCCAAGAAGCUACUGAAGACUAGCUCCUUCCACCUCUUGAAACAGAGGCGAGACCCCAACUCCCUGCCCAAGAAGAGCUAUGCGCAGGAGUAUGAAUUCGAGGAUGACGAAGACAAAGCAGAUGUCCCUGCCGACAUUCGACUCAACAGCCGACGGCUCCCGGACCUUCUCCCUGACCUGGUCUCCAGCUGCAGGAAAUCCGGAGGGUCCGUGGGUGGCGAGGGUGCUCUCAGCCCUCUCAUGGGCGACCUGGACUUCUGCCACGCCUCGGGUUACCCGUCCCUUGGGCCUCCUCCGCAGCUGCUGCCCCACGAUGGGCCCAAGAAGAGGGGCAGGAAGCCCACCAAGCCGAAACGGGAGGGCCCUCCGAGACCUAGAGGCCGACCUCGUAUCCGCCCUCUUCCUGAGCCCCACCACUCUAGGGGCAUCAUGGGAGGGUUAGGACCAGGGCUUGGAGGUGAGAGCAGGAGGGGGCGAGGACGAGGGAGAGGUCGCGGUAGGAGGGACGAGGGAAUGAUGGACAUUGUCAAUAAAGGACAGAACCAGCACCAUCAGCACCUGCAGGUUCAGCAGCAGCCGCCGCCACCACCGCAGCAGCAGCUUCAUCACCCUCCGCAGGAGCAUUCGGAGCCCAUUAGACCCAUCAAGAUAAAGCUGCCCGUGCCGUCCAUGCCUCCCUCCGACGCACUCCUCAGGACCGACUCGUUGUCCGGCACCGACCCGGUUCUGUCGGACGGCUCUGUGGGAUCUGCUCCCUCGCUGGGUCUCAGUCCCGGAUCCAGCAGCGGGCUCGAGAUGAGCAGGAACGUGGAGAAGAUGAAGCCCAAAGUGCAGGAGGUGGAUGAGAAGGAACCAGAGAUGAAAUCGGGAUUCAUGGCCUCAUUUCUGGACUUUCUGAAAGCCGGCAAGAGACCCGUAGGGUCAGGGGGCCCCCUGGGACCAGCCGGAGCUCCGGGCAGCGAGAGCACUUCCCCCGGAAAGAGCGGCAUCCGCCCGUUGUCUCCACCCCCGCCCCCGCCACCUCCGGCUCCAGCAUUCGGGGAGGCAGAAGGGGACGGAGGCCUGGCACUCAGCAACUGCCCCAGUCCGUGUAAAAGGUUGGACGAGGAGCUCAAGAGGAACCUGGAGACCCUCCCGUCCUUCUCCUCAGACGAGGAAGACUCAGUCAGCAAGAACCAAGACCUGCAGAAGAGCAUCUCCUCUGCCAUCUCAGCUCUGUACGACACUCCCCAGCCCCCGCUCUCGGUUCCACCCCCGCCUACCCCUGCGCUGCCUUCCCAGCAGCCCCCUCCCCUGAGCCCUCCGCCGGCCCCACAUGUGCACCAGCCAUCUCCGGAGCCUGCGGAGCUGGAACGGGAAGAGGAGCAGGAGGAAGAGGAGAGGAAGGAAGCUGAUGACGAGAUGGAGGAGGACAGAGAGCCAGAGCUGGAGGUGUUGGGAGCGCCGAAGAUGGAAGAUUCCCCAGAAGAGCCGCCACCAGCACCAGCUCCCCCCACCCCACCAUCCCCUUCUCCAUCCCCCGCUCCUUCCUCCUCCCCAUCCCCUCCACCUCUGCCUCCCCUCUCCCUCCCCUCCCCCCUGCCUCCACAAGAAGAACAGCACCAACAGAAGUCACCGGCCCCAAGCCCGCUCCCUCCAUCGCAGCCUUCCCCAUCCCCUCCUCCUCCCACUCUCCCCCCAUCUUGUACUCCGCCCCCGCCCUCCCCUCCCCCUGCGCCUGAGCUGCCCCAGCCAUCGCCACCUUCCCCCCCUACCCCUGAAGAUGCCCCCGCACCCCAGAUCACACCCUUGCACUUGGCCAAGAAGCAGACCAAUGCCGCCAUUGCUGGGGAGAGCGAGGAGGAGGACAGCGAGAGCGGUGGUGAGGGCAUCUUUAGGGAGAGAGAUGAGUUUGUGGUGCGGACAGAAGACAUCGCCACUCUCAAGCUGGCCCUGCAGACCGGCCGAGAGCCUCCCCCCAUCUGGAGGGUGCAGAAAGCCCUCCUGCAGAAGUUCACCCCGGAGAUCAAGGACGGACAGAGGCAGUUCUGUGCCACUAGCAACUAUCUGGGGUACUUUGGCGACGCCAAGACGCGCUACCAGCGCCUCUACGUCAAGUUCCUGGAGAACGUCAACAAGAAGGACUACGUGAGAGUGUGCUCGCGGAAGCCGUGGCACAGGCCCGCACAGGCACUGAGCAGGCGUCAGUCUCUUCCCAAGCCGGCGGUGCUCCCUCGCAGCCAAACUCCUCCCCGCGUCGAGAAGGAGGAGAAAGAGAGGGAUAGGCAGAGGGAGCGGGAGCAGUGUGGGCAGAGAGAGAAGGAGCGAGAAAAAGAGCAGCGGAACAAAGAGCAGCAGGAGAAGGCCAAAGAGAGGGAGAGGGAGAAGAACCCCCCGGCGCCUCAGGUGAAGCUGGAGAAGAAGGGAGGAGCGGUGGAGCGAGGGAAAGGGAGGGAGGAGCGGCGAGGGGCUGCUGGAGCCGAGAGGAAGGUGGAGCGGCCUCCCAAAGCGCGACCGGUGAAAGUGAAAGCGGAGCCUCCGCCGAAGAAGAGGAAAAAGUGGCUGAAGGAGGUGCCCUCGUCGUCCGACUCGGAUUCGUCCGCGGACCCACCCAGCGAGGACGAGAUGCCGGUGCGAGGUGGCGUGAACAGUCGGGCCAUGAGAGAGAUGUUCCGCAGCUACGUGGAAAUGCUGGUCAGCACCGCUCUGGACCCCGACAUGAUACAGGCCCUGGAGGACACUCACGACGAGCUGUACCUGCCUCCGAUGAGGAAGAUUGACAGUAUCCUCAACGAGCAGAAGAGGCGGCUCCUGCGGAGAGUGAACAUGAGCUCUCAGCACCAGGAGGCGCUGCACGCCUUCCCUCAGAUGACUGCAGACCCCCUGGAUUCGGGGGCAGUAAGGGUGCGCCUCAGCGGGGAGGGGUACAACCGCAAAACCCUGAACAGAGUGAAGCGCAGCCUGCCGAAGCAACAGGAUUUUAAACUGUCAGCAGAAACAUGCCGGCUCUACAGUCUGUAUCACUCCCUCCAUCAUUAUAAAUACCACACCUUCCUACACUGCAAGAAAGAGACGGACAGUAUUGAGCAGGCGGCGGAGGAUCCCGGCCAGGAGGAGGUGGUGCAGCAGUGCAUGGCCAACCAGGGCUGGCUGGAGACGCUCUUCAACUCCUUCAUCGAGCUGCUCACUCUCAGUAGCAAGGCUUGAGGGAUGAGGGGAAGGAAAGGGAGCGAGAUGAGAAUAGCUACGGGGGUCCAGUGUGGGCAGCUCCAGUCCUCAGGGGGGUGCUUGAAGUUGGCACAUAGUAAAACACCCCACUCGCAUCUGCCAGGCCUCCCCCCCCCCACCCCCCUUAGUGUGAAUCAGCAGCCGAAUCUCCAUGAGCGAGGACUUCCCUGGGAUAACGGAGAUGGUGAUGGGCUUGGAGAGCACCCCCCCAUGACCGGAGUUGCCCAGACCGGCUUUUCAUCCUGGACUCCAGCCGAGUGAGGAGAGGGGCGGCUCACUGGCUCAGAAGACAAGAGGAGUGUCUUAGAGUGUGUUAAAGCGCUCUGUGUCACUGCGUGAGAAGAGCGCUCUAUAAAAAUAAAUUGAAUUGAAUCGAGAGACGGAGACGCGUGCACACAGGUUUCGGAGAGUUCCUGAGGUACCAAGUCCUACUUUGAUAGUGAUAGAACACUUUGUGUUAAUGGUUCGAUUUAUCAUAAUUUAUACUUUUUUGUGCAAGAACAUUAAAAGCAUCCGAGUUCAGAAUGCCAUGAGUAAGGAAGAAGUGAACUGUGUGAGUAUACUGUGGAAGUGUGUGAAGGAACGACAAACUGGUGAGUGUAGUAAACAAAAAACGGGAAGGGUGAGAAACAAACGUGUUAUUGCCAUUGAGCGCUGCAGCCAAUGUCCAAAAGCUGUGUUCUACAUAUAAUAAGUAAUCAUUGUUAUUUUUAUUAUUUAUACAAGGACAUUUUUAAGCACCCUCACAAGCUGGGGUAGUUUGUUAUUGCUAUUUUAAAUGACAUUUUGUCAGGGUAUAAAUAAGAUUUAUACCCUAUUUCUAUCCACGUUCCCUUGUUCUUUUCUUCUUUCUCCAUGCCAGAAGGAGCAGAGAAAGGGAUAAGAAAGAAAAUACAUGCUGUCUUUUUGUGUGUUUAAAAAAAAAAAAAAAAAAAAAACAAGAGAGGGUGAAAUGUAUUUAAAUCUAAAUAAAUGGUGUUGUUUCUGUUCAUUCUUAAAAACAAUGAAGGGAAGAGUCAAUAUGUAAUGUUUUCAGUUUUCUAAAAGAAAGUGGCAAAGAUUAUAAAAAUGUAAUAAAGGAAAAAUGUGUUAACAGUUCGUUUCUAUCUGUUGUAUGUUUAUAAUUAUCGUUUUUUUUUCCUUUUUUU